CCAAACCCCACGUCAGUUAUUCUUAUCCUUUGCAAAGAAUUAAAGUUUCUAUUGACAAUUCGUCAACUCCCAAAAUUGAGAAGAAACCACCAUAAGCCACCAACAAUUGUUCAUAAAACGGUCGACUAAAAGUAGAAGAUUGUUGACCUGAGAUUCAAGAUGGUCCAAUAUCUUCAAGCAGUGGCUAUAUUUCUAAUCUUCAUAUCACUUUACAUGUUAUGGAAAACAAAAAUUCAACCCAAGAAUAGUACUAAUAAAGUCAUCAUAAAUCUACCUCCAGAAAUCCCAGGUGCUUAUUUUCCAAUAGGUCACCUCUAUUUAUUCAUUGGCAAAACUCCACUUGCAUUAAUUUUGGCUAAUUUGGCUGACAAAUAUGGCCAUAUUUUUACUAUUCAUUUAGGGACACAUCGUGCAAUUAUAGUGAACAAUUGGGAAAUUGUUAAAGAAUGUUUCACAACAAAUGAUAAAGUACUUGCAGGCCGACCCAAUUCAAGUGCUGGUAUAUAUCUUGGUUACAACAAUGCUGCGUUUGGUUUUUCUGAUUAUGGGCCUUAUUGGCGUAAUAUUCGCAAGUUGGUCCUGCUUGAAGUUCUUUCAAGUAAGAGGCUUGAGCAGUUCAAGCGUGUCCGGGUCAUCGAGGUAGAAACUAACAUCAAAGAACUGUAUUCAUCAAUUCUGAAGAGUGGGACAGGUCCAUCAAGAGUAAACAUGAGUCAAUGGUUUGAACAAUUAACAUUAAAUGUGAUAAUGAAGAUGAUUACUGGAAAAAGAUACAAAACAGAAGAUGAAGAAGGGAAACAUUUCACAAGAACCACUAAGGAAUAUAUGUAUGAAUCUGUCCAAUUUGUUUUAUCAGAUGUAAUUCCAUUACCAUUUCUAAAAUGGUUUGAUUUUCAAGGGAGAAUUAAGUCUAUGAAGAGAUUGUCUCAAGAAAUGGAUAAAAUUGUGACAAGUUGGAUAGAUGAACAUUUGAUGAAGAGAGAGCUAGCAUUAGAUGAUGACCAAGACUUCAUUGAUGUGAUGCUUUCUAAGAUUAAUGAGCAAUUCAUGUAUGGUUAUACAAGAGAAACAGUCAUUAAGGCAACAAUUUUGAACAUAAUCUUAGCAGGGUCAGAUACAACUUCAAUUCACUUGACAUGGCUCUUGUCCUUAUUAUUGAACAACAAACAUGUAAUGGAUCAAGCACAAGAAGAAAUAGACACAAAAAUAGGCAAAGAGAGAUGGGCAGAAGAGUGUGACAUAAAAAAUUUAGUGUACCUUCAAGCUAUUGUUAAAGAGACACUUCGAUUAUAUCCACCGGGACCAUUAGCAAUACCACAUGCUGCUAUCGAAGAUUGUACCGUGGCAGGCUAUAAAGUUCCGAAAGGCACUCGAUUAAUGGUCAAUGUGUGGAAAUUACAUCGAGACCCUCAAAUUUGGUCCGACCCUGAGAAGUUUAUGCCCGAGAGAUUCUUGAGAAGUCAUAGUGAAUUUGAUGUUACUGGUCAGAAUUUUGAAUUUAUUCCGUUUGGUUCUGGUAGACGAUCUUGUCCGGGGAUUACUUUUGCGAUACAAGUGACACACUUGACACUUGCUAGAUUGCUACAAGGCUUUAACUUUUGUACAUUAGGGGACAUGCCAGUGGAUAUGACUGAGGGCAAUAGCAUAACUUUGCCCAAGGCAAAUCCAUUGGAAGUAUUGUUAAUGCCUCGCUUGGCACCUAUGCUUUACCAACUCUAGGAAAAAUCGUUUCAAAUGUUCUUAUUUUUCAUCAAGAAUUGAGUUCCUUGUGUAGUAUUGGUGAAUAAUGUUUGUUUUUUUCAAAUACCAAAUGGGAAGUUUGUAAAUAAUAUUUCAAAUUCAUAUUAGCUGA